AGAUGCAGGGAGACGGUGCCUCCUGACACAAGGGGGGCUGCUGCGAGCCUCCCGGCCGCUCUCCUCCGCCGUGCAAAAAAAAAAAAAAAAAAAAAGUCAAAAAAAAAAAAAGCAUCCGGCGGCUCAGCCGCUCGGUUUGGCGACGGCCCAAGGGCGGCUGGCAAAUAGCGGCGACCCCUCCGGCCAGUGGAAGGGCCAUUUGUCAGCGGGACCAACUGCGGCACGCCCGCACCGCAGCGCACCGCGGAUGCCGGGGGAUUUAAAGCCGCGGCUCCCCAUGCCAGGAGCCCAGGCGAGGCUGCUCCGACUCCGGCUCCGGCUCGGCGGGGCGGGCGGCUCCCCUCUCGCCCCCUGAGCCCCCCGCACCCCUCCGCCGUGGAGGCUGCGGCAGGUGGCUGCCGGCGGGGCGAGCUCCGAAGGGUGAAAGCGCCGGGAAGGUGACAGCGGCUCCAUGGGGGGCAGGAGCCGGGGCUCCUGGUGAGAUUCCCAGAGCCCGGGAUCUGAACGCCGCGCUCAGCAGCCGCCCGGCUCCUCUCCAUCCUCCCCGAGGGCUCGGAUGGAGGCUGCGUGCAACAGGACCCAGGCGGGCGCGUAGCGGGGACGCGCCGCCACCCCUGCGCCCGGCCGGCCGCCGGCGCGCCCCCGUGCCCUCGGGCUCCCUCUGACCUGUCCCCUUCCCUUACAGCAUGGCCCUGGAGAGGCUGGCGGAAGCCCUGCGCGGCCCCCCGGCCCCGCAGAGCUGCCUGCUGCUCCUCGUCUGCCUGCUGGCCGCGGUGCACCUGGGCAAGCUCCUCCUGCAGCGGCGGCGGCGGCGGCGGCAGGGCGAGCGCCGGGGGCCGCCGGGCCCCUUCCCCUGGCCGCUGAUCGGCAACGCGGCGCAGCUGGGCAGCGCCCCGCACCUCUCCUUCGCCCGCCUGGCCGGCACCUACGGCGCCGUCUUCCAGCUGCGCCUGGGCCGCUGGCCCGUGGUGGUGCUGAACGGCGAGCGGGCCAUCCGGCAGGCGCUCGUCCGCCAGGGGGCCGCCUUCGCCGGCCGGCCGGCCUUCCCCUCCUUCCAGCUGGUGUCGGGCGGGCUCAGCCUGGCCUUCGGCGGCUACUCGGAGCUGUGGAAGCUGCACCGGCGGGCGGCGCACGCCACGGUGCGGGCUUUCUCCACCGGCAGCCCCGCCACCCGCCGCCUGCUGGAGCGGCACCUGCUGGGCGAGGCGCGGGCGCUGGUGGCGCUGCUGGUGCGGGGCAGCGCCGGCGGCGCCUUCCUCGACCCGUCGCGGGUGCUGCUGGUGGCCGUGGCCAACGUGAUGAGCGCCCUGUGCUUCGGCCGCCGCUACAGCCACGGCGACGGCGAGUUCCUGCGCCUGGUGGGGCGCAACGAGCAGUUCGGGCGCGCCGUGGGCGCCGGCAGCCUGGUGGACGCGCUGCCCUGGCUGCGCCGCUUCCCCAGCCCCGUGCGCGCCGCCUACCGCGCCUUCCGCGACCUCAACCGCGACUUCUACGCCUUCGUCCGCCGAAAGUUCCUCCAGCACCAGCGCAGCCUGCGGCCCGGGGCCGCCCCCCGCGACAUGAUGGACGCCUUCAUCCGCCUGCAGCGGGAGCAGCCGCGCCUGCAGCUCGAGCACGUCCCCGCCACCGUCACCGACAUCUUCGGCGCCAGCCAGGACACGCUCUCCACCGCCCUGCAGUGGCUCCUCAUCUUCCUCAUCAGGUAUCCCAAAGUGCAGGCCAAAAUGCAAGAAGAAGUGGAUCGGAUUGUUGGGAGAGACCGCCUGCCGUGUGCUGAAGAUCAGCCCCACUUGCCCUACAUCAUGGCUUUCUUGUACGAGUCCAUGCGGUUCAGCAGCUUCGUGCCCGUUACCAUCCCGCACGCCACCACGACCAACACCUUCAUAAUGGGCUACCUCAUUCCCAAGGACACCGUGGUAUUUAUUAAUCAGUGGUCAGUGAAUCACGACCCAGCAAAGUGGUCCAACCCAGAGGACUUUGACCCAACGAGAUUUCUGGAUGAGAACGGCUUCAUCAACAAAGAUCUCACUAGCAGCGUGAUGAUUUUCUCGCUGGGAAAGCGGCGGUGCAUCGGAGAGGAGUUGUCCAAGAUGCAGCUGUUUCUCUUUACCUCCAUACUGGUGCAUCAGUGCCAUUUUACUGCUAAUCCAAAUGAGGAUCCUAAAAUGGACUUCACUUAUGGGUUGACCAUUAAACCGAAGCCAUUUACUUUGAAUGUUACGCUUAGAGAUAGUAUGGAUUUGCUUGAUAAGGCUGUCCAGAGACCCCUUCUUCACCUCCAGCAGCCAGAGGCUCAGCCUGUCUUCCAGCAGACUCCUGCAGUGGCACUGCUCCUGAACGACCGACAUGCUUCCCCCAAAGCUCUUCAGCUGCUGAUGCAAAGAAAAAGAGAGGCCUAGAAAGUGAAGCUUAUUCUGCUGCUUACUGCUGCGUAUGUUCUCCAACUGGCUAACACUUGGCUGAGUAGCCUACCAGUGACUGAACAAACACAGGACAGCGCUGGGAGUAGCGCAGAUGGUCCAUUGAAGCCCUGCAAUGGUCCCACUGUGGAGAAAUGAGCCUGACAUGUUUUUCUUUGAACAUGUUUUUCUUUUCAUGGUCUAAUGGUGUUUUUGUACGAAUUCCUUGCCACACUUCAAAAAUGUUGCUGUAUAAGCAUUCUGCUUUUUAAAAAUUUAUUUUGAAAAAUAUUAAUUUCAUUACUGCUUUAACACUUCAUAUAUGAUUUUAUAGCAGACUGUACAAGCUGCCCUAGCAUUCUGAAAACUACCAAUCCUUAACCCAGAGCCACAGUCAGAAGCUUUACAAAGGACUUUCCAUUCCUUCAGAAACGAUCCUCUUCCAAUA